AGGAUGAAGCGGGUAAUCUCGCGUGACUUCACUCAGAGUGGGUUUGUUGCUGGUGUGUGGAGCGGAGAGCUGCAUCAAUUUAAAGAAAAGCUGCUUUUUCCUCACAGCCGCUUUGUGAUUUUUGUAAAACGACCUUGGAUUUAGGACAGCGUCAGACUUGUCCUUCACCUGUUCCCUACCUGUCCGCUGUAGCUUCAGACGCAGAGAGUCUCAUGGCGCUCCGACGAGGACACAUCCGGUACCUGAAGGUGUGUGAGGUGCAGUCGUCUCAGAGCGAUGUUGGGCCACACACCCCUAAAGGAGGAGCUGCAAUGGAGCUGUACAAUAACGGGUACAGCGAGCAUAUUAUGGAGGAUGAAGAUGCCAGAACCAACCUGAUUGUAAACUACCUUCCUCAAAGCAUGAGCCAGGAUGAGCUGAGGAGCCUUUUCAGCAGCGUGGGCGAUGUUGAGUCGGCCAAGCUGAUCCGCGACAAGGUGGCAGGCCACAGUUUAGGUUACGGCUUUGUUAACUUUGUUAACCCUAGUGAUGCAGAGAGGGCUAUCAGUACCCUCAAUGGCCUGAGGCUACAGUCUAAAACUAUCAAGGUUUCGUUUGCACGGCCGAGUUCGGAUACAAUCAAAGACGCUAACUUGUACAUCAGCGGGCUGCCGAGGAACCUUAGCCAGACUGACCUGGAGGACAUGUUUGCUCGCUUUGGACGCAUCAUCAACUCCAGAGUGCUGGUCGACCAGGCCUCAGGCGGCUCAGGUAUGUCCCGGGGCGUUGCCUUCAUCCGAUUUGAUAAGAGGGCAGAGGCGGAAGACGCUGUCAAACACCUGAACGGCCACACCCCUCCUGGAAGCUCUGAGCCAAUAACAGUCAAGUUUGCUGCCAACCCCAAUCAAGCUAGGAACUCCCAGAUGGUGUCACAGAUGUAUCAUGGCCAAUCGAGGCGCUAUGGAGGACCUGUCCAUCACCAGGCCCAGAGGUUCAGGUUUUCUCCAAUGAGUGUGGAUCACAUGAGCGGGGGAGGAGGAGUCUCAGGGAGCUCGUCCUCCGGUUGGUGCAUCUUCAUUUAUAACCUGGGUCAGGACGCAGAUGAGGCUAUCCUGUGGCAGAUGUUUGGACCAUUCGGCGCCGUCAUCAACGUGAAGGUGAUCCGAGAUUUCAACACCAACAAGUGCAAAGGGUUUGGCUUCGUUACCAUGACGAACUACGAGGAGGCCGCAAUGGCGAUCCACAGCCUGAAUGGGUACCGGCUGGGAGACAAAGUCCUGCAGGUGUCCUUCAAAACCAGCAAAGGACACAAGUAGAGAUCAAUAAGAGGGAGGAGGGGGGAUGGAAA